CCAAUCCUAGAGGCUUGAGCUCAGAAGGAAAAAACAAGUGAGUAUUUGCAGGAUAUUCUUCUCACAGGAUGUGUAUCGAGCAGAGAGAGAGAGAGAGAGAGAGAGAGAGAGAGAGAGUCCUGAGCUUCAGCCAGACUGAGGAGAGCAGCAUGAGAGAGAACAGCACUGGAGAAGCACACUACUGAGCAUCAUGGGUCCGUGUGUGUGGAUACUGGUGCUCGUGGUCCAGCCGGUCCUGGCCUUCAGACGUCCCCCUCCGGCCUCGGCCUGUCGAGAGCUCCAGGAGGACCUCGACUGCAGCAAUCUGAACCUUAGACGGAUCCCGAAGCAAAUCCCGGACACCAUCCUCCGGCUCGAUCUGUCCCGAAACCUCCUCCAGAACCUCACGGACCGAGACCUGCCGUCCUCCUCCACCAUCCGACAUCUCAACCUUCACGGAAACAAGAUCCAGUUCAUCCAGCCGGGACUCUUCCGAGACACGAGCCUUCUGGAGGAGCUGGAUCUGUCGGAAAACUCCCUGGAUCUUUACGCGUCUCUGAAAACACACGUCGGGACGCUCACAUCCGUGCGCCGACUGGAUCUAUCCGGAAACGGGUUGUUCACGGAUAUGAGCGACUUCUUCCUAAACGACGCCCCGGUUCUCACCAACCUGUCUUUGAGCGGGAACAGCAUCACUAAGAUAGGCCGAUCCACAUUCAACGGAUCCCGAGCUUUAAAAAGCAUCGACUUAAACAACAACGUAAUCAUAGAGAUCGAAGAAGGCGCGUUCGAGUCCUUGACGGGACUCUCCGAUCUCGACCUGUCCAUGAACUCCAUCUCAUGCAUUACAGAUUUCAACCUCGUUCGGCUCAAAACGCUGAACCUGAGCAAGAACAGCUUGACCAACUUCCAGGCCGACGACUCGGCUCAGGAGUUUGAGCUUCAGUAUCUGGACUUGAGAGAAAACAAAAUCCUCUACUUCCCCGUCCUUCCCCAAAGGAACAAGCUCGUAUACCUGGACUUGUCUAGAAAUCUCCUGCGGAGUGUGAAUUGCUCCGGUCCGCUAGAAGAGCUGGAGAACCUGAAGGAAAGUGGAUAUCUAAUGACUGAUCCUGAUAAACCUCUUUCGUUGUGCGUCAACAAGAGGCACCAGGAUUUUCCCAGCUUGCUUUACUUGGACUUGAGCUUCAACCAGCUCAAAGCGGUCCCGUCCUCGUUCUUCAGCAGUAUGACUGCGCUGGAAACCCUGAACAUCAGCUACAACUGCUUAGAAAGCUUCACUGUGGACGACGACGGUCUGAACUCUUUGGAGACGCUAGACAUCAGCUCCAACAAUCUCCAGAACCUUUCCUUCGGGCUGAACGCGCUGGCCGCGCUACACGAGCUCCGCCUCGGGGGAAACGCUCUCCAAACGCUAGACGCCGGGAUUUUCCUCAGGCUCCCCAGCAUCCGAAGCCUUCAUCUUCAGCAGAACCAGCUCAGCAUCUGCUCUCCGUCGGAAAACCCGAGUUUCGGCUGCGUCCAACUCUCCUCGAUCCCGACCCUCAGGUACCUGUACCUCUCGGAAAACGGGUUGUUCUCGGUUCCACCGGGAUCGCUCCAGGGAAGCCCACUGCUAAUCCUGGAUUUAUCCCAGAAUCCCGGCGUUGACGUUAUCCCGGCUUCGUUUUCCGGUCUGGAGGCGUCGCUUUCCCAUCUCUCCCUAAAGGGAAACCAACUUCAGUCCCUAACAAUUGACUUCACCGUUUUCCCGAAUCUAAAAUCCUUGGAUCUGUCGGUGAACCGGCUCACGGGAGUCUCCCUAUGGAGCGGGGAUUCCUCCCUCGAGUCGCUCAACCUGCAAAACAACAGUUUAGUAUCGCUUUAUGAAGUCACGCUGCAAGAGUCGCUCCGGACUUUAUACGUGGGAUCGAACCCGUUGAGCUGUUGCAUGAACCCGCACCUCCUCGCGCUCCUCCGGCAGGAGAGACUCACGGUGCCGGACCUCUCCGGAGCGACGUGCUGGUAUUCCCGAGACUCGGAGCGCGUGGAGAUCGGCGUGAGCGCCGUGAAGCCGGAGCACUGCGAGUCUGCCGACGGGAAGGUGCUGUGGAUCAGCGUGAUCGUGGCGCUGGCGCUGGGAAUGGCGCUGGUGUUGGCCGUCACCAUAAAGCUCUGUCACUCAAAGAGGAAUAGAUUCAAGAGAGGCUUCAAAGCUUGAAUCUGAAGGCGAAAGAGGGAAAAGAAACCAGAGCGUUCUCACCUGACUGGUGGCGAAUGCAUGACCCCAGGUUUCAGUAUGUGAUGCGUGGGCGAUCUGGAACCAAUUCAAUGUGAAACGCGCCACCAUAAAUGCACAAACCAGUCACCGUAAAAAGCGAUUAGUUGACCUAGCUUAAGUUUAUCAAAAACAAAAAAUUAAGUAAUGUGGAAUUGUCAGGCUUUUUUUUUACAUUUGUUGACAUAAAAUUGCCUUAAGCAAGUGAACUAAACACUUUUUACACUGUAUAAUAAACAGGACAGCCUGAGUAUUAAAAGCAGGCUCAACACUACACUCUCUGAUGUAUAUUGCAUGCACUUUAUGGACUGUGAUUUGUGAUUAUUGGAGUGAAAUGUACCUGCGAUAUGUUUGCAUAUUGCGAAACCGCCCUUGACCAAUGCAAAACAUGGUGCACACGCUAGAUUGACUCAGACAUCUCGAGCCAGUAUGCGUGUUGUGCAUUAGCCGAAGGAAUGUCAUGGACGGAGGAAGCGUUUUACCGCAACACCUGCACCUCUUUCCUGUUGUUGAGCUCGGUUUCCUAUCCUGGUGUUGGAGAUUUAUCCCUUCAACCUCAGUUACACCGAGUCGUGUUUGACUGCUGAUCACAUUUAGCUCCGCACACAUGAACACACACAUAGGCCGCAAUGUUUGUUUGGUCUUUUUUUAGAUUUUCCAGCCUGGAAUAAGUUCGACCCUGGUGUGUUUAUCAUGAGCGGGGACAAAGAUAGACAGGAGAUCCCGGCUGAGGGAAGCGCUCAUCAUCACCACAGAUAUUAAUAGACGCGUGUUUGAGCUUCCUCCUAUCUGUCUGAGUCACGGACCUUCUGCUUUCCAGACACACGUCAUGUAUGAGCUGCCACUACUAUAUGAAGGAACUGUACCACAACUACUACUGUGUAAAUCUAUUUAUGAAGUAUUUUCCUAAAUAAAAGGUCUGUGUUACGUCGUCA